UAUCACGUGACGCUUCGAUCUAGCAAUCAAACAUUACUUUCAUCGAUUCACAGAUUAUCAGUGGAAAUGGAAAUAAAUAAUUAGCAACACUCACGCGAGUACGUGACACUGGGAGAAAAUCCAACAACUUUAGUCAUAAUCGCGACGCUUUACAGUAAACACACAUUCUGUUAUAUUUAAAACCAAAAAUCCAGUUUCAAAAAUGCGGCGAGAUAUAAUUCUUAAACCGAGUUCAGAUUUAUGCAACAAAGUGUACCGAUAUUUCUCAGUAAUUCAAUACUUUGUUUAUAAAUUACAUGGAUUGUCACCAUGGACAUUAAAAGUGUCGGAGAUGUUUAAAAAAAACUCCAGAAUUGAAGAUGAUCUGAACCAAGUAUUCAAAAUUUCAUACAUCGGUUCUUUUUAUAAUAUUUUGUUAAUGUUAGGCAUCGUUUUAUAUCGGAUUUACCUUGAAAAUGCUUUGCGUCAAAGUAAUGAAAUUCUUGAUGACACUCAAUUUGAUCUUCCAGAAGAAAUCCCAGGAGAAAAAUUUGGAUCGAAGAGUUUUGUAAAAUUUACAUCUAUCACAUGGUUGAUGGAAACAAUAAGUGUUUUAUGGAUUCAGCUUUUUUACGUUUAUAAACAAAAAUCGAUGAUCAACAUCAUAAAUCGGCUGAGUAAUGUUGAUCGAAAAUUGAACAUCAGGGUAGAUUCGUAUGCAAAAAAAAUAUUAAUUUAUUUUAUUUUUAUGCUCAAUUUUUUAUUCGUCAGUGCAAGGAUAAUAUUAGCUAUACCAAUAGAAGCUUCACCAGUAAUUUCAAUAGUAUAUGAAAAUUUUCCUACAGUGAUGUACAGUUGGAUAAUUGUGCAAUUUAUCAUACUACUGACCAUUUUAGAAGAACAAUUCAAAGCCUUGAACUUAUCUAUCAAAACAAGCAAUUUCAGUCAAAUUUCAAGAUCGAUGGUCGGAUUAUCGUUAAUGGAAGAAUCUGCAUUUCAAGAAAUCGAUCAUUUAGAAAGUUUAUACAUAGAAUUGUAUGACAUUUGUGAAGAAAUAAACAAUUUUUACGAGCUACUGCUACUGAUGUCUAUCCUGUGCUUUAAUUACAACCUCAUACUUUUUAUUUCGUUCUUUAUCUUAAAUGGUUCAUUUCCUAGUGAAAUUUUUGAAAUUCUUUUCUUUUUAGCUCAAGUAAUAUUUGUUCCGUGGGUGAUUUUCUUAACUCUAGUACUGACUUUUGCUGUUUCAAAAACGAUCGAUCAGAGUCAAGAAACUGGACCACUAAUCAUUUUGCUUUCGGAGCAAUGUCCAAUGAAUCCGCAAGUCAAUGAACGACUGGUCAAAUUUUCACGCGAUCUUCUAUUUUUCAAAGUUGAGUUUUCGGCGUGGGGUACUUUUCCGCUGAACCGGAAUCUUUUAAGAAUCGUUUGUGGCACUGUAACGACGUUUGUAGUUGUCAUUAGGUCGUAAAAUUCCAAAGUUAUUCUGCAAUCAUCGGUAUUGAUUACAUCAAGCUUCAUAAUUUCAGAGUCGAUGAUCAAUUUGAAUUUGUAAUCACCCAACCACUGCUAUGUAAAAGUCCUUAUCUUCAUAAAUUAUUGAUCGAACGUAAAUAUUUAUUUACACACGCGAUCACUUAACUCAGUGAAUUGCUAUUUAUCGGACAAUUUAUCAGUAUAAUAUUCACGCAGAAAGUAUAUUGUAUCCUACAUUUAUUUCUGUACAUUUUUCAGAGUAAUUUGCUGAAUAAAAAAUCAUAAAAUUAAAAUAACUACCUGAAAAAAAUUA